UACCAGCACAUAGAUGGCGGUAUUUGUGCUAAGGAACUCUCACUCGGCCAUUUUAGUGUAAACUCACAUGGUUCAGGCAUGGCGGUAGAUAUGAGAUUGCCUGCGAGGAAACAAGCGUCUCUGCCAGCUUCUCUUUCUAGCUCGGACGGUAAACACUUGGUGGUUCCGGGGGAUGUGAUCACAUCAGACACAGGCUUUAUGAGAGGCCAUGGAACGUACAUGGAUGAUGAAAAACUCACUGCUUCGGUGGCUGGUGAGGUGGAACGAGUCAACAAACUCAUCUGUGUGAGGCCACUGAAGACGAGGUUCAAUGGUGAAGUCGGUGAUGUGGUUGUUGGUCGGAUCACUGAGGUUCAACAGAAACGCUGGAAAGUGGAGACGAACUCGCGGCUGGACUCUGUAUUGCUUCUGUCUUCGGUUAAUCUUCCUGGAGGAGAGUUGAGGAGGCGUUCGGCAGAAGACGAACUUGCCAUGAGAGACUAUCUUCAAGAAGGGGACCUCAUUAGUGCAGAGGUACAGUCUGUGUUUUCAGAUGGAGCCCUCUCUCUCCACACACGCAGCUUAAAGUACGGCAAGCUGGGUCAGGGUGUGGUCGUGCAAGUAUCGCCCUCGCUCAUCAAGAGACAGAAAACCCAUUUCCACAAUCUGACAUGUGGAGCGUCCGUAAUACUAGGGAACAACGGCUAUAUUUGGAUUUACCCCACACCGGGGCAACAAGAUGAAGAGGCAGGAGGAUAUUACACAAGCCUAGAGCCCGUCCCUCUCUCAGACCGGGAAGUCAUUUCUAGACUGAGAAACUGUUUACUGGCUCUGGCAGCCCACAAAGUGAUGCUGUACGACACCAGCAUACUCUACUGCUAUGAAUCCUCUCUGACACACCAGAUCAAAGACAUCUUGAAACCAGAGAUCAUGGACGAAAUUGUGAUGGAGACACGGCAACGACUUCUUGACCAGGAGGGUUAGAAUGCUCGCAGUCAACAACACGCAUAUGAGAACGAUUUCUCACAAAAGGAUUCACACCAGUGUUAAGAACAAGACUUGCCUUUUCAUCUUUCUGAUUAAAAACAAAAAGACUCAGGAACAAAAUGUCACCAGUAACACUCUGAUGCUAUUCCUGGUUAUAAUUAUUCUGUGUCACUUCUCUGAGAUUCUUUCUGAGAUACAGAUCACAGUCUACUGAGUGUCCCAAAAGUCUCCAUACAUAGGGGCAGGGGUAGCUCAGUGAGUAAGACAGAUCGGACUGAUCGGAAGGUCGUGAUUUGAAAUCCCAGCACUGCCACUGCUAGACCCUUGAGCAAGACCCUUAACCCUCAACUGCCCAGUUCCUCAAGUCGUUGUGGACUUCUCCCAAAUGCCAUAAAAUAUCAGUGUAAAUAGGGGAAAUUAACACUUUUUCUCAAAACAUCUUCCAAAAUUUUUCAUAUUUUCAUUAGUUUAUAUUAUUAUUAUUUUUUCAGAUAGACUUUAAGAAUGCUUUUAACAAAAGAAGGCUGUGGUGCGCCAGGAAAAGAUACAGCGCAAAGAUCAUUUAAAGAAACGCAUUCGAAGUGCAGUUACAUGCAUAACACCAGAUGUGUUAAAACGAGAUCAUCGUGAGUGGGAGAGAUGACUCCGUUUGUGUUUACAAAGAAAUGGCUGUUUGUAAAUAAAGUUACAUUUUGCUAAAAAGUGGUAAUUUUCCUGUUUGUAUAGAGACUUUUGGGACACCAUGUACAGAUUUUGACUAAUAUUGCCAAAAAAAAAAUGCUUAAAGGAAAGCUCCAGAAUUUUCCAACCUAGUCUCUGUCCUGUGCAUCUGUAACGUAUCUGUCGCGGACAAUAACUUCGACACGUUUCCCUGUACUGAGAACAGAACUGAAAAUCUGUUUACUUAAAACUUGCUUACAAUGAAAGUCUAAGGGCAAGUGUGGAAUUGUCAAUAAACAUUUCAAAUACAUUACUAAAUGACAUGAAGUGUAAAACUACCAUCAUCGUACAUCUUACCAAAUCUGCUUUUGUAGAGUUAUAUCUUUAACUUUCCAGCAGUGGAGCAAUACAGUAAGGGUGGGUGAUGUCACAAAAAAUAUAUAAUCACAAUACUAAAGACAUUUCUGUGAUGCACAAUAUGUAUCUUGAUAUAAAGUUCUGCUAGGAAAAUAAAAUUGCAUUUAAAAGAACCCUGAAAAACAAUUAGUUUUAGUCAGUGUCUACAGAAAUAAAUUAUUCCACAUUAAACAUAUUGUAUAAUUUUGAAAACAUGAACUUAUCUGCUUCUCAUCUAAGUUUGUAAUAUUUUUAAAUUAAUAUUUUGAAGAAAGAUAUCACAAUACCUUCCAUAUCUCAGAAAAGUGUACUGAGAAAUUAGUUAUCAUGAUAGCUAUAAUAUAAUAUAAUAUACUAUACUAUACUAUACUAUACUAUAAUAUAAUAUAAUUGCCUGGACCUACAGUACAGUAAGAAAAAUAGCGGUACCUAGUUACUGACCCACCUACACUGAUAACAUUUUUCCCUUAUGAAAAAGGAUUCUCAUCUCUGAAGGGACAAAUUCUACAAAUUUAGAGCUUUGUUUGCAGAUACAUUUGAAGAAUUCAUGAGCGUUCUACAAAAAAUGCUUUGUAUGUGUAAAUGUUUACUGAUGGAAUUCAGUGUUUCGUUCUUUUCUCAGUAUAGGCUCGAAAUUUUUCUCUGUGGUAAUUGCACACAGUCUCCACACCAAGACAUGAAUACACAUGCAGUAGAUAUAAAAUAUACUGAAGUAAUAUUCAGUAUUAUUAAUAUUAGUAUUAUUGAUAUCCUACCAAAUACUAAGGGCAUAAUGAUACAUAAUUUCCAAAACUGCACAGUUAUUCCAAGGACUGUGCUACCAAUGUACAGAAAAUACAAUAUUUACUAUUAGUAUUUGAAAAUUUUAAGUAUGUGACAAUGUUCAAUGUAUUAUUUAUUUCUGUAGUGAGCUGUUUUGGAUGUAUAGUCUUAUACCAGUUUAAACUGUCAAUCAGGAUUAACCUAGACUGAAUUUUGUGCUCUGAUCUUGAAUAUUCUUGACCUGUUUCUCUGCACUGGAAACAAUUUUGACUAAAAUCCCGUUUCAAAGGUUCAUGGCACAUGUACAGUUUUAAUGAAGUGUUUUCAUCACUGGGACAUUUUCAUGAUUAUCUACAUUAUGGUGGAGUGAUAGCAACCUUUUAUAAGCUUACAUGUAUUAAGGUUUGUUUUUAUACUGUGUACAAAUGGAGAUGAAUUGGCAUUUAUUGGAUGAUGCUUGCUGAAUAAAGUAUUAGUAGCUCCAAAUAAAA